AAAAUACUCAGUCUGCCGUCGCAAAGAGGUUAUGUAAAACUUAUAAUAACAAUUUAUAGGAAAACGUAGAAUUGUACCAAAAUAUAAUAUAAUUAUUAAUCAAAUAUGGUCUUCCCAACGCUCGCACUUUUCGUAAGAUCUAAAGGUCCUGAUGAAUUUUGGCGUAAAAGGAAGAUUUUCAAACUUGCGGCGCAUUAUCGUGGACGCAAACGCAAUUGCUAUUCCAUAGCCAUACGAAAUGUACAUCGCGCUUUAGUAUAUGCCACAAAGGGCCGCAAGUUAAAAAAGUUGGACAUGGCGGAGUUGUGGUCCAAACGUGUCGAAGCUGGUUGUGAACAAUAUGGCAUUACUCUCGAGGCAUUUAAGGAGACAUUGGCUCGCAGCAACAUUCUAUUAAACAAGAAAUCUUUAGCUGAUCUCGCAAUUUGGGAACCAAAAUCAUUCGAAGCCUUGGUGAAAUUGUCAAGAGAGCGCGCCGUAGUAGAAUCCAUACCUGGUGUCCAAGAACGCUCGGUAAUGAACCAGGUUUAUGGCCUAGCAAACUUAAAAUUAGAUAAGUAAAUAGUUUUUCAUACAUUUAGACCUUGUACCAAGCUUUACAAUAAGAAUAAACAAAUUUCCAGAAACAAAGCGUAAAA